GUUUGACCCUGAUAGGACGCCGUAAUGUUUGUGUUUGGUGCUGACGAAAAUGGCGGACGAACUGGACAGAGUACGAAUUUCUGAGGCUGAAUUACGCGCAGAGGCGUCGAGUAUUGGAACAUCUAGAUACAACUCGAAAGAAGUGCAAAAGACAAGCAAAAAACAAAGUCAGAGAGAUGGGAAAAGGCCAGACCUUCAGAGAUACGAUCCCGGUGCAGCACAGAUACGCAGAUGCAAGGAUAGAUGUGAAGGAGAUGUACUAGCAAAUUCAGAGUCACCUACAUACACUUCAAAUGACUCUGUGUCAGAUCCUGCUAUUAAAAUGCCUGCCACCUCUCUACAAAAUUCAAGCUUGAAAUUCACCAACAGUGACUGCCAGUCUGAACUGAGCACUGUUCAUUUUGACCGCAAUGAUACAAAUACAUCUUUCAGCCAGCGGGAUGACAGGAGGAACACUUUUAAAAAUAGUGAAUUAUCCAGCACUGGAACACCAAGUUCUCCAAAACUACGGAAAAUGCGCAAACCUGAUCGUAAGAUAUACCAGCCUGGUGGGAGAAGGGGUCAAGGUUAUAGAGACUAUGACACAACCAGUGAGUUAAAACAGAUAUCACAAGAAGUGGCAAAGACACAGGAUAAUACAUAUAAUGGAUUGAUGGGCUUAGCUGAUCAGCGGAAGGAUAUAAAUCUGGAAGAGGAAAAAAGAAAUGGGAGGGAAAUAAAAGAAUGUAGGAAAAAACAGAAGCCGGGGAAACAAAAGAAAUUAGACUUGUUUUCUGCAGGCUGUGAUCAGCCCACAGUUAAGAGUAUGACUGAUAAAGUGGAGAAACUCAACAUUAACAGCUUCACAGCCAUAGAUACAGAAAAUAAGAGUGAAAAUGGUGGAAGAAGAUUAAGUGGUGAGGGCUCUAAGAACAGAGCAGGAGGAGGAGUUGGAGAAACAGGUGAGGUGAAGGAGAGAAAAAAGGAGCAGGAAAAACGAAGAUCCAGAGGGGACAAGGAGAGAGGGUCACGUAGGAGGGAGGAAGGAGAAGGAGGCGAAAAAAGUUUGCUGACACACCAGCUAGAGAAAAACAGUGAGCCAAAGGUAGAAAUAAUAUUUCCAUGGGAUGUAAAAGGAAAAGAGGCUCUACAAGAUCAGACCUUGAAAAAACAGAAUCGCAGUCAGCCAAAAGAAAGUGAGGGUGAGAGGCGCAGAAUAGCUCAGGAAACACAACCUUGCAAAGUUAACUGUUCUUCAAAGCGAUAUUCCAAAUCAGACAUCAGACGGACUCGAAACCGGACCUAUAGCACAAGUUCAGCCAGCAGUGGCACCAGCAUUGACGGUCCAGUAGAGUCUGAAACAUACAGGUCUAAUGAAUGUGGGGCAGGAGAAAGAGGUCCAAUGCCUAAGUCUCAUGAAAGGAUAAUAGAGGUGAUGGACCAGACAAUGGCAGACAUGCCCAGGCAAAGGAGAAGGACAGCUAAAGAUAUUUCAUCCACAGAUUCCUUUGAGGAAAAUGAGGGAAUGGAGAGAGAUGGAAGAGGAGGCCAUAAAGCCAAAGCAGACAAGAAUGACAAUAGAAUAUCGAAAGGGAAUACCAGAGGAUUGAGAGGAGCCUUGAUUGGUGGUCAAGGAGGAGUUUUGAGAGUUUCCUUGGACAGACAGUCUGGCACACCCUCAGGAACCAGGGAGGACAACAAAAAAAAAAGUCCUAGAGGCAGAGGCAUUUUGGUACUCCCAACACACACUGAACUAACUACAUCCUCAGAACAUGGACCUCAGCUUAUGUGUGGGACAAGAAGCAGCACAGGCCUAGAUAGAGGAAGAGGAUGUCGUGGUGGAAGUACUAGGCGGUUGUGGGACCCUAACAACCCUGAUAAGAAACCAGCUCUGUCAGGCAGCCAGCAAUCUCAGCAGUCAUCUCUCCGACAACCACUGUACUUGCAGCACCAGGGAGGAUAUGGGCCACUUCAUUUUUUGGACACUGAUGAUGAAACCGCUGGUAGCCCUCCUGUCCACCAUGGGGAAGAAUUUCAAAUCAAGCAUGCAGCCACCAUGGCUUACUACAAAUAUCAGAAUUCUGACAACCCUUACGGCUACCCAUUAUCAACCAAGUCUUCAAACACACCUCCAUGCUACACCUAUUCCUAUCAUCUCCCAUAUCAGUUACAUGGUUCUAAUGGUAUAUUCUCAAAUCCAGGCAUGGCACCCUUGUAUGGAGUGUAUGGACACAGUGGCCAGGUUUACGCAUCCACAGGCAUUACCUUUAGCCCAGAGGAGACAGAGUUACAGACAAGAGGGGAACUCAGUAAACUUCUGCGAAUGGCUGACAGCCAUGAACUCCAGCUCAGCAACCUGCUGUCCAGGGAGCGACUUAGUCGAGAAGGACUAGACAGGAUGACUCAGCUGAGAGCUGAGCUCCUGACAUUGUAUGAGAGUAUAAUUCUAACAGACAUCGAGUUCUCUGACACACAGAAUGUGGACCAGUUACUGUGGAAGAAUGUGUUUUAUCAGGUCAUUGAAAGAUUCAGACAACUUCUGAAGAAUCAGGAUUCAGAUACAGCUUCCCAGAUUAGGGUUAUGCUUCUUACUAUACUGGAAGAGGGGGCAAUGUUUUUUGAUUCACUGCUGUUGAAGUUACAAACUGUAUUCCAGUUUAAACUAGAAGACUACAUGGAUGGAAUGGCAAUACGUGCAAAACCUCUACGAAAGACUGUGAAAUAUGCUUUGAUUAGUGCCCAGCGGUGUAUGAUCUGUCUUGGAGAUGUCGCAAGAUAUAGAGAGCAAGCAAAUGAUUCUUCUAAUUAUGGCAAAGCACGCAGUUGGUACCUGAAAGCGCAGCAGAUUGCACCAAAAAAUGGCCGACCAUACAACCAGCUUGCUGUGUUAGCAGUGUACACAAAGCGGAAGCUGGAUGCUGUGUAUUACUACAUGCGUAGCCUGUCUGCCAGUAACCCCAUCCUCACAGCCAAGGAAAGCCUGAUGAGUCUGUUUGAAGAAUCCAAGCGCAAGGUUGAGCUCAGACUGAAGGAGGAUAUUGAAAGUAGCACACAUGGCCCACAGGGGCAUGGAACAGUACGAGGUCAGGAUGCCACCCGUGUGGAAAUUUGGAUACGCCCUGCUGUGCAUCCUGGAGUGGCAUCUCGCAUUGAAGGCAAUGUCUCUGAGUCUGCCAAUGACUCAGAGCAAGUUGGUGGGCUGAGGGCACUGAAUGCAAGUGAUCUCAAUAAGAGAUUUGUCUUGAGUUUUCUUCACACUCAUGGAAAGCUCUUCACUAAAGUAGGGAUGGAGAGCUUUUCAGCUGUGGCCACUCGUAUGUUGGAGGAGUUCCAGGCCCUUCUCCAGCAUAGCCCCUCUCCUUUGGGAAGUACUCGCAUGCUUCAGAUUAUCACAAUCAACAUGUUCACCAUUCACUAUGCCCAGACCAGAGAAAAAGGGCAGGAGUCUCGUUCAUUAUUGGAAGAACAGUCUACUUCUCUGGGUUUGACAAUGUUUGGCCUACUAGUGCAGCGUUGCACUGAACUUCUUAAAGAAACACCUGCAGAGCCUGUACCAUUGGGGGAGGAGGAGGAUGAACUGGUGCCAAUGGUGAGAGUGUCCACUUUUCCGACUGACUUGCACGAGCUCCUGCCCAGUGUUAAAGUCUGGUCUGACUGGAUGCUGGGCCACCCAGAGCAGUGGAACCCUCCACCAUGCAAUUUUGAUGGCAGUCCUGACGUUUGGCAGUGCCUGGCAGAGCUAUGUAAUUCUUUGGCAUCAGUCUAUCAUGGUGAGAUUCCACUCUUCAAGGCAGAUGCUGAUGGAGAGAGUGAUGAAUUGCGACUGCUUGUGCUGGAGGAGGACAGAAUGCUGGCUGGAUUUGUCCCCUUGCUGGCUGCUCCACAAGAGCCAUGCUAUAUUGAGCCCCAGUCAGAUACUGCCAUAGCAGCUGACUGUAAGAGAGUGACUGUACUGAAAUACUUCCUUGAGGCUCUUUGUGGUCAAGAAGAACCUCUGCUUGCCUUUAAAGGAGGGAAGUAUGUUUCCAUAGCUUCGCUGGCCACUCCCAGCCAAACAACUGAGCACAAGACCCAGUCGCUGACCAGUGAGCUGUGUCAGGACAACAGUGUGAUCUUGGAGGAGGCAUCACUGUCCACAUCAGAAGGAGAGAUGGAUGAAGGGAUGGAUGAAUAUGAAAAUGAGAAUGACAUCCGAGAGCUGAGAGCACGACGCUGUGUUUUAGUUCACAAACUAGCAGAACAACAGAAAAGGAGAGACAAAAUAAAGGCUGUGCUACAAACUGGAAGCCAGCUGGAGCUAGAGAUCAGACCUUUCUACCUUGUCCCUGAUACCAACUGCUUUAUUGACCACCUGGAGGGAUUGAAAAAGCUGCUGGCAUGUGGCACAUACAUACUGGUGGUACCAUUAAUAGUAAUUACAGAGCUGGAUGGCUUGGCUAAAGGGCAAGAAUGCCGUGAUAAGGACUCUAUAGGUGAAGCAGCUCAUGCCAGGCUGGUGCAGGAAUGCGCUAAAGCAGCCAUGGCUUUCUUGGAAAAGGGCUUUGAAGCCAGAGAGCCUGGCCUAAGAGCACUAACCAGCAGGGGAAACCAGUUAGAGUCAAUUGCCUUCCGCAGCGAGGACACCUCCGGACAUAAGGGAAACAAUGAUGAUGUGAUUCUGUCAUGCUGCCUGCAUUACUGUAAAGACAAGGCUAAGGACUUUAUGCCUGCUCAGAGAGAAGGACCAGUUCGCCUACAGAGGGAAGUGGUUUUGCUCACAGAUGACCGUAAUUUGCGUGUGAAAGCUCUAACACGUAAUGUCCCAGUUCGAGACAUCCCUACCUUCCUGAGAUGGGCUAAAGUAGGCUGAAUUAAGGAUACAGUCUCAUGAUGUACAAGCAAUGCCCAUUCUCUAGUGCAGAACAAAAAUGUGGCACAGAGUAAGCUGAAGAGGGAGUAUGUUUGUGACAGAGGGAAUAAGCAAAGCUUUUUUUUUAACUAACAAAAAAAAGAGCAAAGAUGAGGAAGUAAUUCAUUUUCAUGAAAAUGAGUGUCUUUAUCCUCCUAAUAACAAUGCAUAGAGUGAAGCAGGAGAGUAUUUGAGAAUGUGAGACAAGCUGAGCUGACCAGGGUCCUGUGCCUGUAGGGAAUUUGGGGGGGUGUGUGUGUGUGAGAGAGAGAGAGAACGCGAGAGAGCAUCUACAAAGAAGUGCAGGAAAUUUUAAAAAAAUUGCCACAGUAUAUGUGUAAGCUAUCAGUAUUGAACAUUAAGUAGCUCUAAGUGUGAGAGCUGGGAAUUUCACACUGAUGGAAAUAUUCUUGGAUAUGAGCAUAUUGGUUUGAUGUGAUUGGUUCAGGGUAGAGAGAGACAGGAGAAAUUUUGUUUCUAAGCCUUAAAGACAUUCAUGACAUUUUAAAAUUUCUACCCUGACCCAUACCUCCCACUUCCACCACCACGCAAACAUUCAUAUAUACACACAUACGCACACACACAAACUAAACCUAAACAUUGCACCUACAACAGCUUUCAUAUUUCACCAGCUUAGUUUUAUAUAUUUCUGCUUUCAGCAACUUAUAGUGAUGAGAUUUGACAAAAUGUAAAAAAAAAAAUAAAUAAAUAAAAUAAAAUUAUUUUCCUUAACUAGUAUGGAUUCAGAAAUUUCAUAAACAUUAUUUUAUGUUUGGCUGAACUAAACAUUCAGCUAAUUAUGCUACAUAUGAAUAUGUUCUAACUAGAUAGCCACAGGCUUAUGAUAAUUUUGAAAUGUACAUAGUUGUGGGUGAGUUUAUAAAAAUGAUCCAUAAGAUGACUUGCCUCUGUUUGGUUAGCAGCAUACCAUAGCCAUACAAAUGUGUUGUGUGAUAUUUCAGUGUUGUGGACUCAGUAUUCAGUGUUUCAUCAAUGGGCAACCAAUCCACACAUUUAAUCACAUCACAUUUUUUCUCAUUUUGCCACCUAAUAAAUUUUUCUAAUAAA